GGUUCCGUGGUGUUCACUUGAUAUUUAUAUAUAUAAUUCCGUCUCCGAUAUGAACCGAAUUAUCUUACGUACAGAGAGCGUCUUUGUAUUGACAAACUUGCCGAUAGAUGUCUUCUUCCUUCUCACACUGGUCCUUGUGGCUGUGCCGUCUGCCUCCGCCACGUUCUUCAACAAUGGAGGAGGAUUAGGAGGACUAUUUGGAGGAGGACUAGGAGGACUAGGAGGAGGACUAGGAGGAGGAAAAGGAGGACUAGGAGGACUAGGAGGACUAGGAGGAGGAAAAGGAGGACUAGGAGGACUAGGAGGACUAGGAGGAGGAAAAGGAGGACUAGGAGGAGGGGGAGGAGGAGGAGGAGUAGGAUUCAGACUCCUCCCGAUUAUAUUACCUCAACAGCCGCACUACUACCAGCCACCAGUGCAGAGACCUCUCGAAGUCAUCUAUAAACAAGCCCCUUCGGGGUAUGGUAGCUAUGGAGGUCACCAUGGCGGUGGUGGCAGUGGGUAUGGCGCCCCUGGAGCAGGUGGUUUCCACUCUGGAGGGCACAGUGGUGGUUUUGGAAGCGGAUUUGGAGGUGGGUAUGGUGGCUGUGGAGCCAAAGGGGGUCACCAUGGUGGAUUUGGAAGCGGAUUUGGAGGUGGGUAUGGUGGCAGUGGAUUCAAAGGAGGUCACCAUGGCGGAUUUGGAGGUGGUUUGGGUCACAAGGGAUACAAAGGGGGUCACCAUGGUUGAUUUGGAAGCGGAUUUGGAGGUGGGUAUGGUGGCAGUGGACCCAUAGGGGGUCACCAAGGUGGAUUUGGAGGCGGGUUUGGAGGUGGUCAUAGUAGCUAUGGCCGUUAAGAGUUAUUUCAACUUCGAGGAAUGGAUAGUUUUUUCCAGUUGAGUUGGCCAGACUUGCCAAGAGCUCUGGUUGGAGUUUCCGGCUUCCAUGGCUCUCGGAAUCAGAGCAUUUUCCAGAACUUCAACUUCGAGGACUGGAAAGGUUCUUCAAGCUGAGUUGGCCAGACUUGUUAAGAGCCCUGGUUGGAGUUUCCAGCUUCCAGGGCUCUUGGAAUCAAAGCAUUUUCCAGAACUUCAACUUAGAGGACUGGAAAGGUUCUUCCAGCUGAGUUGGCCAGACUUCCUAAGAGCCCUGGUUGGAGUGUCCAGCUUCCAUGGCUCUUGGAAUCAAAGCAUCUUCCAGAAAUUGGAGGGCUCUUGGAUUCCGAGAUAGAAUCUACCAUGACUUCAAGAGCUUUUAGUGAUAAAAGCAUAUGCUGUACUACAUGUUUAUUGAAUGUAUAAAGAUGUUUUUAAUUAUAAUCACUAGAAUAUGACUUCCAAACAACAGAGAAGUCGAUAAACACCAAAAGAAGCAAGAACACUUGUGUGUGGAAAGUCUUUUUGCUAGAUUUUGUAGCAGUUAUAACUUCUCUAACAAAUUUGUAAGUUAUUCCAAGAUAUUAUUUUAUGUAAAUAAUAUGUACAUAGUGCCUAUAAAUAA